CAAUCCAGCCAGUCGUCUCUUCUCCCCUCGGAUGGCGUCGCUGCUGCGCCUCCCCUCGCUGCUCAAGCCGUCGGCGGCGGCGGCUAGGCCGUCGGCGCUGCUCCGCCGCCGGUGCCGCGCCGGGACGGCGGCGAGCGUGUCCGCCUCGCGGAGCCAAGCCGCGGCGGCGACCACGGGGGCGGCGGCGCCCGCGCCGCCUGAGACCCGCGGCGGGGGGGACAGGGAGGGGCAGGUGACGCCGCGGUCGGUGGACUUCAACGCGUGGUACACCGAUGUGAUCGCCGCCGCCGAGCUCGCGGACUACGGGCCCGUGCGGGGCACCAUGGUCAUCCGCCCCUACGGCUACGCCAUCUGGGAGGCCAUCCAGGAUUAUUUGAAUGUGAAGUUCAAGGAAACAGGGCACAGCAACAUGUACUUCCCUCAGUUCAUACCAUACUCAUUUAUAGAGAAGGAGGCCAGCCAUGUUGAAGGUUUUAGUCCAGAGCUUGCAUUAGUUACCAUUGGAGGAGGAAAGGAACUAGAGGAAAAGCUUGUGGUAAGACCAACUAGUGAGACCAUCGUAAACCACAUGUUCACCAAAUGGAUACAGAGCUACCGCGAUCUUCCUCUCAUGAUUAACCAGUGGGCUAAUGUCACAAGAUGGGAAAUGAGGACUAAGCCAUUCAUCAGAACUCUUGAAUUUCUAUGGCAAGAAGGUCAUACAGCUCAUGCCACCCUUGAAGAGGCAGAAAAGGAGGCAAUGCAAAUGAUUGAUGUAUAUACAAAAUUUGCAUACGAGCAAGCUGCAAUCCCUGUUAUUCCGGGUCGAAAAUCAAGAGUGGAAACGUUUGCUGGUGCUAAUCGGACCUACACUAUAGAAGCUAUGAUGGGUGACAGGAAGGCUUUACAGGCUGGAACCAGCCACAACCUUGGACAGAACUUCUCCCGUGCCUUUGGAACACAGUUUAUGGAUGAAAAUAGCCAAAUCGAACAUGUUUGGCAGACUUCUUGGGCUAUUAGCACUCGGUUUGUUGGUGGGAUCAUCAUGACCCAUGGUGAUGAUGCUGGCUUAAUGCUUCCGCCAAAUAUUGCACCCAUCCAGGUGGUAAUAGUGCCUAUAUGGAAAAAGGGAGAUGAAAAGAGUGCUGUUAUGGAAGCUGUGUCUUCAGUUCAAAACACACUCAAAGAAGCAGGAAUUAGAGUCAAAGUGGAUGACUCGGAGUUGCGGACACCAGGAUGGAAGUUCAAUUUUUACGAGAUGAAGGGAGUUCCUAUAAGACUAGAAAUUGGUCCCCGUGAUGUCACAAACAAAAGUGUUGUUAUUUCUAGGCGAGAUAUCCCUGGAAAACAAGGAAAGGAGUUUGGAGUGUCUAUGGAUCCAUCAAUACUGGUGGACCAUAUAAAAGGUCGUCUAGUGGAAAUCCAAGCAUCCCUUCUACAGAAGGCCAUUGCAUUCCGUGAUAGUAACAUAGUUGAUGUAAGCUCAUAUGGAGAACUGAAGGAGGCCAUUGCCGAGGGUAAAUGGGCGAGAGGGCCAUGGUCAGCUAGCGAUGCUGAUGAGCUGAAGGUGAAAGAAGAGACCAGCGCCACCAUCAGAUGCUUCCCGUUCGAGCAGCCAGAGGGCGCUAAGAAAUGCUUCAUGACUGGCAAUCCAGCCGAGGAAGUUGCAAUUUUUGCGAAGUCGUAUUAGUUCAUGCUUUCUCUAAUAGUCUGGUUCCAAGGAUCAAAGCAUUUUUUUUCCAGCUAUAUUUUCUCCAUUUUCCCAGAUUCUCUGGGAUCUUUUCUGAUCAUAAAUUACCCAUUGAAUGCUUGUGCUUCUGAUAUUUCUAGUGUAAAUUAGCGAUCGAGUAGUUAAAUCUCUGUCCUGCUUGUCGUAUUAGGACAAAACUCACAACACGGUGCAAUUGUAUAAUCAAAGUUCUCUUACUGAAGUUCACAGCUCUUAUUUCUAGUGUAAGUCUGUUAUCGUCCAAAA